AUGGUGAAAUUUCCAUUGGAGUUUGAGGUUAAUGUACAAUCACCCAUUUACUUGGUUCAAGUUUGGGUGUGGGAGAGGUUCAAAAAUUUGCAACCACAACCCAAGUUAAUCAACAAUGGAGAUCAUGUAUUGUUGAGAUGGCAUAAGGUUAAGGCUUUGAAAAUUGACAAUGUGAGGUUUGCAUUAGAUUCAGCUGUUGAUGAUUUUCUUUGGCGUCCGUAUGUUAGAUCUGCUGAUAAGUGUGGAGUGUUUUAUCCAAAUGAUGAAUUUUGGAUAUGUAAGAAAGAUUUAGGUAAAGAGAUGUUGUCAUUUGUUAUAUGCUUAAGAGUUUGUGAGCUAGUUGGAUUUGAAUCUGUAGAGCAAUAUCUCCCGCAUAGAGUUGCUAUGCAAUUUGGAAUGGAUCAAGAUGUUCCAAGUUAUGUGCCUAGAUUCAAUGCGACCAAAGCCAUUGCUUGGAAAAACUACUGCAGACCCAUAUCUGAUAAAAAACUAUAUUUUCCACCAAGAUUUUUUGAGGCAGAUGUUACCACGCGUUAUCCAAAGUGGUGGAAGAAAUCAGUAUUAGGUCGCGACGAUUUUGUCAUGAACAUUAUGAAGCGGAAGAGGUGCAAGGUCAAGAAAACAUCAACCUCAUGGUGUUUGGAGAAAGAUUUUAAUGAUGCAAAUGGGAGCAAAGAAGCAAGGAUGUCUAGUGACAGAGUCUAUGUAUCUGAGUCUCAAGGUGAAAGCUGUAGCUAUGCUAUCAGAAACAAGCCCUCUUCAUCCAAUAAACUAAUUGUUGUGCAGCAUGAUCUCCAAUUUCACUCUGAUAAGGCUGCUCAAGCAGAAGCUAAAGAAUCGGUUGAAGAAAGAGAAAGAAAAGAAAAAGAUGAUGAAGUUAUGGUUUCGUUUGAAGAGCAAUGCUUAAAGAAUCAAGAGGAACUAGCGCGUCUAGCAAGGCGACAGGAAGAGAUCUUAUGGUUAAUGGUUUUGAGGGAGAAGAGGGAUGAAGAGUUGAGGCAAUUCCUCAUUAGUGUUCUAAGGAAUCAACAACCACCGCCAUCAUCGUCUUCUUAA